GUCCACCCACCUCAGUUCCUUGAAUCCUCCGUUAUCCAUCUCCACGCUCUCUGCUCUUUCUUUCGUUAUUUGCUUCGCGGCUACGCUGUCAUCAUCUGAAUUUAGGUUUCCAAUGACGGGCUAUUUUGCCUUUCCACCUCCUUCUGCUCCAGGUUCUUCCACGACUAGUGCUCGCACGCCCUUUGCAGCUGCUGGAAACACAACCAUCCCCACGCAGCAGGCGAAAUCAGAUGCUGAUAGUUCCUCGAAGCUUGACGAUGAAGCUUGGGCAGAGCGUCUCCGAUUGCAGGAGGAGAGGCGUCAGAAAAGACUUGCAUAUGAACAGGAGCAAAUUCGGAGAGCCGAGCUGGACUGGGUUCGUGCUGGAGGUGUUCUGCGCAACGCUCAAGGUCGCCGCGACAAGGCGCGCACGGAGCUCUACAGGGCUGAAAUACGUGUCCUGGACGAAGAACGCGCGAUCCUUGAUCGGUGGAACGUGUAUGAGGAUCGAUGCCGCAAACUUUCCACGUCUGAUGACUAUGUUACUUGGUCAGACAUCCCAUGGCCUGUCCAGCAGCCUCCAAUGAACAUUGAGGACUUCACAUCUACUGCUAUCGCUGAUUUCUUAUUUGCUCCGUUGAGGGUGCGAGGCGCGUCUGGUACGCGCAAGGACAAGCUUAGACAGGCCCUCUUGCGUUGGCAUCCUGAUAAGCUAUCUGCAGUGCUAUCAAAAGUGGAUGAUGCUGACCAGGGGCGGGUGUUGGAAGGGAUCCAUGCUGUUUUCAGAUGCCUCCGUGAGUUGCAGGAUUUGGAGAAGAACUCUUGACAGUUUUGUAGUCGUAUAUUAUACCCUCCUUUCGUACUUAUACAGUGUAGAUCAGAAUAUACCAUUGCCCUUGUGCUUUCCUCGCUUUC